UACUGGAUGUUGGGUGUGGGUUCAACCAGUCAGUGGUUACAAUUAUAGGCGGACAUGUUGUAAAUGUAUUUUCGUCAAUGUGCGCGGUGAUCUGACGCAUGAUAUUCAUGCGUUUUCAUUGGUUUUUAUAGUCGCAAAUACAUUUCUCAGUUACGCAAGUGACUUUUUCAAGUGCUACAUGUAAAGUGUUGUAAAAAAUUUUUAGCGACUGGUUUUCCCGGGCGCAAUAAUGAGUUGGGGUAGUGAACUUUGGGAUCAGUACGACAAUCUGUCCCUACACACGCAGAAAGGGAUAGAUUUUCUUGAGAGAUAUGGACACUUUAUAAGGGAUCGAUGUAAAAUUGAAGUUGAAUAUGCCGGCAAUCUUAGAAGGCUAGUGAAAAAUUAUCUACCGAAAAAAAAAGAGGAAGAAGAUUAUCAGUAUAGUCCAUGUCGUGCAUUUAAAAUGGAACUAAAUGAAGUUAAUGAUCAAGCCGGUCAAAGAGAGGUGAUUGCUGAAAAUCUCCAAGCAAAUGUACUUCGUGAACUGAAUUUACUUGUCAAGGACUUUAAAGAAGAUAGAAAGAAGCAUCUACAAGAAGGUGCUAGGCUAAUGGCUACGCUAGCUACGCAAAUUGGUAGUUUAGAACGUGCUAGAAAAGCAUAUGAAAAAGCAUAUCGCGAAGCAGAGAGAGCUCUUGAAAAUUACCAACGUGCUGACGCUGAUCUCAAUUUAUCAAGAGCAGAGGUCGAAAAACAACGUAUGAAUAUGACGUUAAAAACACAACAGAGUGAAGAAGCUAAAACAGAAUAUGCUAAUCAAUUGCAAAAGACUAACGAGAUGCAAACUUUACAUUAUCACACAGCAAUGCCACAAGUUUUUCAACAUUUACAAGAAUUAGAUGAAAAGAGAAUAAAAAAUAUGAGAAAUUAUAUGUUAAAAUCAGUAGAAAUAGAACGAUCGGUAGCACCAAUUAUUUCUCAGUGUUUAGAUGGUAUCGAAAAAGCGGCCAAUGAAAUUAAUGAAAAAGAAGAUACUCUUUUAGUAAUCGAACGAUAUAAAAGUGGGUUUACUCCACCUGGUGAUUUUCCUUUUGAAGAUUUAUCAGCUGCAAAAUCGUAUGAUAGUAAUACUCAAUUGUCAACUACAACGAUGCAGCCAAUUCACAAUCACCUCACAGUAAAAGGUACCGUUUCAGGAGGAAAGAUAAAGAAGAGAGUUGGCAUCUUCGGAAUUUUCAGCAGCAAUAAGAAGUUGAUCGAGGUGUGCAUAGCUUUAAAGAACAAUGUACCUGGAUAUGGUGAUGGCGCAAAGGAGGAUUGCAGUGAUUUACCUCCAAACCAGAGGAAGAAAAGACUACAGCAGAGAUUAGAUGAGAUUCAAGCUAAAAUUCAACAAGAAACAGCUGCGCGAGACGCACUGAUGAAAAUGAAAGGUGUUUACGAACAGAAUCCAGCUCUAGGAGAUCCUAUGAGCAUAGAAGGUCAAUUGAAUCAAUCCAGUCAUAAACUAGAUAAGUUAGGUGCUGAAUUGACCAAAUUCCAGGGAUAUUUAGAUGAUGCUAUAAAAGCUGGUGUUGGUCUUUCGAGUCCAAGUCAAGCUCCACGAAAGCCUACAAGCAACGGUUCAACAACGAGGUCUGUUAAUUCACGGAGAUCCAGCCAUUCAGGCGGUGAGGAGAGUUUAUCUCGAUCUGCUUCAGAUUCAAGCGUCACUAAUGCUAACACAAGUCAACCAGCACAUAAGAAAAGUACACCAGGCACGCCUCAACCAACGCAUGACCCGGAAUCUGGUCUUGGUGCUUCACGAACGUCAUUACCUGGCAGCGGAGGUGAAGAAUAUUAUGUUGAUGAAUUGGAUGCUCAACCACCCCUUGGUACUUGUCGAGCUCUCUAUCCCUUUGAUGCCACAAGUGAAGGAUCAAUACCUAUGUAUGAUGGUGAGGAGCUUUACAUGAUUGAAUUGGAUCAAGGUGAUGGAUGGACAAGAGUACGUAGAAUGUCGCAACCUAUAGAGGGAUUUGUUCCAACAUCGUAUAUAGAAUAUCAACUUUACAACACAUAACAAUUUUCUACUAAUAAUACUGACGAAUCUGACUCAAAAUGAGCUUCGACUCGCGAAAAAUGAGUCUUUCAGGUUAGUCAAUAAAAAUACUAAUAUGAAAAUACUCAACUAUUGCGAGAGUUAUUUCGCCGAGAUGACAUUUAUUGAAUAAUGUAGAAAGAAUGGAUAUCUUUGGGACAUUAUUCAUUGAUUAUAACAUAGAAAUUUUCAUAAGAAUAUUUUAAGAAAUCAAAUAAUUAAAAUUAUGUAAAUCAGUCAUAUUCUAGAUAUAUAUAUUCGCGAUCAAGAUUCGUGCAAUUUUAUCGUAAUCAUUUGCGCUUUCACGAGCGUAAAUUACUAAUAAAAUUAGCAAUUGAAGUAUGAAUGGAUGUAUGCAAAAAAUGUAUGUGUAUGUAUGCUACUUAGGACUCGUUAUAAUUAUGGGUACUGGAGAAUGAUGUAUAUGCUUUGAAUUACACUUUUUCACGUUAUGCUAAACGUUUAAAUUGAGGGGCUGGCCCAUGUAUAAUCAUUCAUAUACGUCUUGAAAAAAUAAAAAUAACAAAAAAAA